AUGGUCAUUACCGAGACGGAGCUCGCCAUGAUCGUCUGUCAACACUCCGAGUCGAUGACGAAGCUCAUGCUAGUGAACUGUGGCAUCACACUCGGUCAUCUCGAAGGGCUUGCCGGCAUUGAAUGGUGCCCCACCUUGAGCCAGGUAGACAUCUUCAUACCCGAGCCGAACAACAGUGAGCAACGGCCACAACAUCUCGUCUCUAGCGAAGACCUCCGCGCCGCGCUGCUGGGCGGCAAGGACGACUCCGCGUGGCUGCGGGCAUUUCCGUGCCCGGAUAUGCCCAAGCAGACACUGGUCACUACUCUAGAUGCCAUAUCAUCACGGUAUGCAAUAACGGAGCUGUGCAGGUAUACCGGGAACCAAAUCGAGGUCAGCAUGUACUCGAGGCCAUAUCGAUUCUCAGACGCCGACUUUUCGCGGCGGUGGAUGUGGGGUCGGAUCGACGGCCGAGGCGCGGCCUACUACUGGCCUGUCGACGAGGCUGGCAAGGGCGAGCCAACGACAGUGUGGCGGUUCACGCACAAGAGAAAAAGGGCUGGCGGUGGAGAAAAGGAGGAGGAGGAGGAGGAGGAGGAGGAGGAGGAGGAGGAGGAGGAGGAGGAGGAGGAGGAGGAGGAGGAGGAGGAGGAGGUGCGGUAUGGGGAGGACCCGAGGUUGUUCUGGGACGACUGGGACGAGGACCAGCCUGGCGACACGGCCGAGCCGACGCCAUUCAGCGGCAACUUUGAGAAGUUCGUUCGGCGGGAGUGGACGGGCUGGAACUGCCUGUUCAACCAGAGCAGGCAUGUGCCCAAGACUGCCACUGUCUUGACAGAGAGCACGAGAAGGCAGUUGGUUGCGCAGGGCCUCUGGCAAGACGGCGCUGUUCCCGCCUUUGCAGACCCUGGGCGUGCUCCAGCGACGGAUCGUCGCGCGACUCAACUCAAAGAGGCUCCAAUCUUCCGCUUGUUAUUCCUCCCGCUCAGCUCUCAGCCUUCCGACUAA